AUGCCCCGCGCUUCCAGCACUCGCACGACGCCCCGCAAGGAUGUCGACCAGCGGUUCGUCUUCCUCGAUCUCGACUCGCUCCUCUGCGCCGUACGCAGCCACGUUCUAACCCACGAGAAUCAGUUCCACAAGGAGCUCGCCAGCUUCUCCAGUGACGUUGCACUAUGCCCCAACAACCUCACCGUCCUAUUAAACGACCAGCACCCGAGUCGUAUCCAAUGCUGGAGAGGAACCUACUGCAAUCCCAACGCAGCCGAGGCCAAAGCCCUCGAGGGUGUGCGCAGUGACGGCGGCACGAAGAUCAGCUGGAAGCUCACACAGAAAGGGACGUCGCAGCAUCCGACACUCGAAAAGAUGCUCAAACGCCACUUGACCCCCACGAACGGCGCUAAAAAGACGCUAGUUCUAGCCACAGGAGCCCUCACCAAAGGUCUAAAGAGCUGUGUCGACGCCUACUUAAAAGCGCACUGGCACGUGCAGCUCGUGACUCUCGACUCGUGUUACACGAAAAGCGACUGUAAAGUUACAGAAGUCGACGGGUUUGACGUCAAAAUAGUGGACAAAUACCUCCAAAAGCUGCUAACAGCGAGCCAUUGCGGAGCCCCGAGCUUUGAGCGCAAAGUGAGUUCCCCCACACUGCGCACGAUGCUUGGACAGGAAUUGAGCGAUAUCGAACGUCGUAAAGCGAGGUUAGCAAACCUCCCGACCGGAAAAUACGCAAUGGGCAAUCGCCAACGUCACGUUUUCAUGAAUCUUGACAAUAUCGCAGGUGCUGUGUGUAAUAGUCAAUGGCUGUAUCAACGGAUUGCCGGCGCUAGCAGCGGCUACGACGUGCGGCUGAAUUUUCGGGCUUUGACAGAACGUGUAUGUGGAUCGAAAGAAAGUCAGGUGGUGCGCCGACUGGCGUCGUAUCGGAAAAUGCCUCGAGAAUUGGCAUUGCCUCUGCAAGAGUUUGACUGGGAGAUACACGCUUUGAGUCAAAGCUGCAGCGGGAACAAAGGACUGUACUAUGUGUUGUUGGACUUGCUGGAGACUGCGGGCUCGAGCAAACGCAAGAAUACACUUGUGUUGGUUAUGGGCGAUGGAGCACUUGGAGGCAGCGGAAUGGAGCAGAAAGAAGCGACCAAAGAGUUGUUAAAGAAGUUCCUGGAGAAGAACUGGUCUGUGGAGAUCCACUCAUGGCUACACGCUCUGAACGACUGGUUUAUGGACAUUCAAGAGCAGUAUCCGUACCGUGUAGCCGUGAAACCUUUGGACGACGCUAUACACGACUUAAUUUACCUGAAACAAGACGAGGAAGACGUGUGGGUGGAGCCAGUGUGGCCUGGUAGUCAUCGAGAAGUUGAGGCAACUCUAACGAGCUCUCCAGUACCGCCAUCGCCACCUCAGUCAGCGUGGGGAACGACUGCGAUCCCAACGUUGUCGUUAUUUCCUAGCACACCCUUUCUGACAAUGGAGCAGAAAUUGGAGCAGCAAAUGAGGCUGGAAGAUGAGCGGAAAGAUCUACGCGAACGUCUGCGUAAGAACCAGGAGGCACUGGAUGCUCUCGAGUUGGAAUCAAGAAGAACUGCAACUUAA